AUGGCCGAGAAGCAAGAGAAACAGCAACGCUCUGGCGAGAGCGGGAGCCCAUCCCCAUCAUCUGCUGACAGCGAUCGCAUUGUCAAUGAGAAACCUAAGAGUCAAGGGGGCUUCUGGGGGCUGUGUUCUAGACUUGGCGAUCUUCCCGAAUGGAAGGUGAAAGGCAAGCCUCUUGAGGGCCGGACGCUCAACUGGUCUAUUGGCUUUAUCGCAAGUUGCGGGUUUUUGAUGUUUGGCUACGAUCAGGGAGUUCUGAGCUCGCUCCUUACCCUCGACGAUUUCCAGAAGAGCAUCCCGUUGAUGACGCCACUUGAAAGGUCCAAUGAUUUAUGCUGGGUCGACAACCCUGAGAACACACAACGUGACUACAGCCAAUGCACCGGAGACCCCAACACGCAGGCCGCUGCCGUAGCAGUCUAUCAGAUUGGAUGUUUCCUGGGCGCCCUUCUCAUUCUCUUCUACGGAGAGACAUGGGGUCGCAAGUCAUCCACUUUUUGGGGUAGCUUGGUAAUGAUCCUUGGCACCAUCAUGCAAGCUGCCGCUCAUGAGUACGGUCUUUUUGUUGCAGGUCGCAUUGUUGGCGGAAUCGGCAACGGAGCAGUUACUUCAACUAUUCCAACUUGGCAGUCUGAAUGUGCGCGACCUCGCCAACGAGGUUUCCUCAUCACCCUCUCCGGAGCCCUUAUUUCUGGAGGUAUCAUGAUUGCUUACUGGGUCGAUUAUGGCUUCUACUUUCUCGAAGGCUCAAUCCGAUGGCGCUUCCCCAUCGCGUUCCAGUCUUUCUUUACCAUCAUCGUCAUGUACGGUUUGCUCUAUCUCCCUGAUUCACCGCGCUGGCUGGCGAUGAAGGGUCGCACUCACGAGGCGCGUGAGGUUACGGCACGUCUUCUCGGCAAACCCAUUGAUCAUGAGGACGUCAACGUAGAAGUCAAGGCUAUUCAGGAAGCCCUGGAUAAGCAGAGCGAGGGAGGUGGCUUCAAGUUCAAGGAGCUUCUCACCAACGGACCGUCCCAAAACCUCCGCCGUACGCUGCUCGGCAUUGCUGCUCAGUUCUUCCAGCAAAUCUGCGGUAUCAACCUCAUCACUUACUACGCCGGUUUUCUCUUUGAGAACUCUCUCGGAUUUGGGCCUGUGCUGUCGCGGCUUCUCGCAGCUGCAAACGGGACCGAGUAUUUCCUGGCAUCGCUCGUUGCAUUGCCUCUCAUUGAGAGGACUGGUAGACGAAAGCUCAUGCUCUUUGGCGCUUUUGGCAUGAUGGCGUCCAUGGCUAUCUUGGCUGGUACCGUUUCCACUGGCACUGUCGCAGAGAACGGAGCACCAAACCUUGAAACCCGUUACGGUGUGACGGCCACCGUCUUCCUCUUUGUCUUCAACUCUUUCUUCGCCAUUGGCUGGCUCGGCAUGACCUGGCUGUACCCUGCCGAAAUCACCAACCUCCGCAUUCGCAUCCAGGCCAACGCCCUGUCGACCUGCUCCAACUGGCUUUCCAACUUCCUGAUCGUCAUGAUCACCCCUCCAGCCUUUGCCAACUUGGGAUACCAGACAUAUGUCAUGUUUGCCGUUUUCAAUGCUGCCAUCAUUCCGUGCGUCUGGUUGUUUUUCCCAGAGCCGAAGGGCCGAAGUCUGGAGGAGUUGGACGUCAUUUUUGCCAGCGCGCACGCUGACGGCGUCAACCCGGUCAAGCGUGCGAAGGAAAUGCGGCACAUCGAGGGUUUCGAGCUUGAGGGCGAGCUUGACAAGUACUUCGGGUCCAGCCACGAUAUCAAACUAGAGGUAGAGGAUAACAACAUUCGGAUGGAAGAUAUUGAAGAACAGCCCCGAAGCUUUCUCGGAGCAAUCCUCUCCUCCAUCGCGAACGUCCCUUUGGUAAUUAUCAACUUCAUCCGAAACAACCCUCACUUCAUCCUCUUUCUGAUCUGCGUUACAUGUAACGUAUGGUACUUCUGGGACACGAUAAUCUACUACAGUGAAUUACUCGAGGAUAUUGAUCGCGAUACUUGGAUUGCCGCAUUUGUCUGGGUUUUCAUCACACGGUACUACCGUUUUGCAAUCGGCUUCUGGGGAAAUCACGUUUACAGGCCCUCGCCCAUGCAGCAGAGAGAGCUCUGGACAUCCAGGGAUGUCACGGUCAUCCUCCCCACGAUCGAUCCCGACAACCUCAAGUUCGCCGAGUGCAUCCUCUCAAUUCUGGAGAACAGGCCGGCCGCAAUCCUUGUCGUUACCGUCGGAGCCGCCAUGCGCCAGCGGUGUGACGACUUCCUCGAACACUUCCGUCAAGAGUAUCCAAUGACGCGAAUCGGCGUCAGCGCGAUCCCCCACCCCUCUAAGCGCCGACAAGUCGCUCAUGCCGUACCCAAGGUCGAAACCGAGUUCACGAUCCUCGCCGACGACCACGUCUUCUGGCCCAGUAAAGAGUUCGUCCCCAACGCUCUUGCGCCCUUUGAGUGCCCAACCGUGGGUGUGGUGGCUACCUACAAGUGCGUCCGACGUACAAGUCCCGGUAAGUUCUGGAGCAUCUCUUCUAUCAUAAACUUCAUCGGAUGCCUCUACCUCGAGCGCCACAACUAUGAUCUCAGGGCCUCCAACGCCGUAGACGGCGGCGUCUUUGUGGUGUCUGGUCGCACCGCCAUCUACCGCACCAGGUUUCUCAAAGCCGACGGCUUGAUGCAUCGGUUCUGCAACGAAAAGUUCUUCUUUGGUCUCUUCGGCGGUAAGGAAGGCCUCGGACCGGACGAUGACAACUUCCUCACCCGCGAAGCUUACAAGCACGACUGGGACAUCAAGUUCCAGCACACGAACGAAUGCGUCAUCUGGACCACGAUCGGCGACGAGUCGCUCAGCAAAUUCCGCGGUCAACUCGUCCGCUGGGCCAGGACCACGUUCCGGAGUAACCCGUGCAUGAUGCUGGAGAGCAACAGGGUUCUCAUCAAGCGCAUGCCGUGGUCAUUUUUCACCGUCUAUCUGACUGGCCUUAUCAACUUUGCACUGUUGUUGGAUGGCUUGCUGAUCUUUACCUUCUACAACGCGCUGGGCGCCGACGAAUUCCUAACUACCGAAAUGCGGAAUCUCCUCUGCUUUAUGCUCUUUACCAAGGUAUGGAAGAUCGUGCCCCAUUUUCUGCGGUAUCCUUCGGAUCUGCUGCUCCUGCCUUACCAGAUUCUCUUCGGGUACGUUCACUCUCUCAUCAAGUUCUGGGCUUUGAUUACAUUCUGGGACUGCGCAUGGCUGGGCCGUAACUUGGACGCGGUCGACGACGAGGCUGAACACUCAAGAAUGCCCCUUAACAUGGAUUUCAGUUGGGGAGAAGUACGUCCCAACAGCCAAAGUCAUGGAUACUAUUACUACUAG